AUGGCCCUCGUGCAGGCAGACGAGUCGCCCAACUCUCGCUCGCUGUCUUGGGCAAACGCGCUCGUCCUGCUCGAGUCGGCCGCUGUCACCGGCACCGUCCCUCCCUCCGCCUCAUCUUUCCUCUCGACGCACCUCGCCCAGCUCCAGCGCCCGCACGAUCCGUUCCCGCGGAGUACUCAGAGCAAGACAAAGCUCGCAUCGGGCAAGUUCGAACUCGCAAAGAGACAGGUCGAGGUCGCCAAGGAGGAGCAGUCGGCCGCUCUCGAGGUUGCAGACCGGUUCAGUCUUGAUGAGGUCGAGGCGUUUCUUGCGCUGAGAAGUGCACGGAGGGACAAGGGGAAGGCAAAGGCGGAGAAGCUGAGCGAGGACGAGUGGGAUCGGGUGACAGCAUGGGUCUUUGAGGAGAGGAUGGCCGUCAUUGGCAUCGUUGCGCUGCUGCUUCGAACGCACGACGACACGACGCACCCCUGCUACGACCUCGCUUCGACCCUCCUCCCUUCCAUCCUCAGCGACACGUUCACCUCGACCCUUCUCUCCGCCUUUGCUUCCCGCACCUCGCAGUCUCUUCCCGAAGCCGUCCGAGCAUCACCCACACACUCACUGUUUUGGACGAAGCAGCUCGUGCGGGAGCAAAAAGCGCUCCUCGAAAUCAUCUUCCUCGUCUACUACUCGCCUCGACCAGCCGACGGGCCCGAACUCGCGCGGGUACUCGACACGAUCAAAUCGACCGAAUGGGGACAGCGGCAAGAGCUGUUUGGCUACUUCGAUGCCGAGACCCAGGGGAUUCAGAAGGAGCUGGCGGAUCUCCUCACACUCGUCGCGAUCGAGGCGAUGAACCUCGAGAGCGCGAUGGAGCAGGAGCACCCGAUUGGAGCACCAGGCGAACAAGGCGUCGACCCGAAGAGCAUCUUUGCGCCUGCACACCUCAUCAAGGCCAACGAAGCAGUCGAAGCGCUUGUUCGUCUCGACACGGAGCGGUCCUCGCCUGUACUGAUCGGCUGGGCGUUCCUUCUGUCGAAGGUCACGACGUCGCUGCUCGAGCGAGGCGUACCAGAGUCGUACCACGACUUUGCCGAGCAGUCCCUCCGAGUCGAGGCGCCCUCAUCCUCCCCGUCCCGCUCGUCAACCCAGCCGCUCUUCCAGCUCUACGCCGCACACGCCCUUUCGCCUGCAUCAUCCCUCUUCCCGGUUCUCCUUUCGAUCCUGCGCUCUCCACUACUUGGCCAGUCCGCCCAACGCGAGUCGUUCUCGUCCUUCGCAGUAACCGAGCCCAACGCCGUGGGAUACCUCUCCGUCCUCCGCGGCCUCGUCACCUCCUUGCCCAACCUUAUCCGCCUGCCGUUCCUCACCUCGACGCAGCUUAACGGGCUGUGCGAAGUUUUCUCCGCCCUGUACGGCAACCCUUCGUCCGCCCUCCUCUGCGCCCAGUUCUGGGAAGACCAGGCAGUCGUCGCUGCGGCCGAAGCUGCACCCGAAACAAGCAUGCUCCUCGACCGGACGGCACAGAGCGCGGGAGAAGCCGAGAUUGUCGAGCUGGCGCGGUCGCGCUUCCCGGUGCAAUUCGGAGGACUCGUCAGCCUCGUUCGCUCGCUCACGGCGGGCGUCGCGGGUCUCCUGCCGCCGGACCAUGCGGAUGGCGCAGUCGCAUCGAGUGCGGGAGCGUCGACUGACGACGAGCUCUUGGCGGCCAAGUGCGCCCAGAGCACGUUCGCCUACCUCGCGACUCUCCCCACUCUCACGCAUGUCGUCCCCUCCGGCCCUUCCGUCACCCCGCUACCGUACGAGACGGCGACCUAUCCCGACCCCGAUACCGGCUACUCGUACCGCGUCACGAGGCCCAUUGGCGUCUCCCGAAGCGUCGUCAUCCCGACAGGCGUGCAGGGCCGCUUGAUCAGCCAGCACGGAACGAAGCCGGUGGUCGUGGCGUGGGAUGUCGAAUGGUCGGCAUGGCGGCUAUUCGCGGACGUGCUGGAGGAUUACGCUGGCAUGAAGCGGCCGAAGGUCGAUGUGUUCGGCAGUAAGGAGGCUUCGACGGAUGAGCUGCCGAUGAGCUGGGAUUCGGAGGAAGAGCAAGAGCGAGACGUUACGGCCGUCCUCCAUAUUCUUCGCAUCACGCUCCGCAACGACCACACCCUCGCAACCGCUCUCAUUGAUCACCUCUCGUCCUCGCCUGGUCGCAAGGUACCGCCCGGCACAGCCCCGCCUCGAUAUGACCUCGUCGAAGUCCUCUUCCGCAUACUCGAGCGCUCCCUCACACCGAAUCCGAAUCGCCCUGCUCCAACCGCACUCGUCAGCUCGCUCGUCGGCCUCGUCGCCGCUCUCCUUCCCUCCUUCCCCGGCAUCGUCUGGACCUUUUUGCGCGGCUCGGCACUCCUCUUCCCCUCGUCGAAGAUGGCCGCCUACUCGCGAACCGCCUCGAUUGGCUCAUCAUCUUCCGGUUCAGCAAUUCUGCAAGCAGAGAAGCUGGCAGGCCAGUAUCCCGUCACACUCUCGCUCCUCUCGCUCGUCCACGCCCUCGUCCUCGAAGAACAGGUCGCCGCAUGCGUCACUUCGGCCGAGUAUCGCGACAUCAAGCACGGCGUGCUCGUUCGCGCACUCGGCUGGAUCCGGGACGAGAUCUGGCCCAUGUUUGGGUCAUGGCGCUUCGCCUCGCUUGCGGAGAAGUACGAGCUCGCGAAGCGGUGCAUGCAGCUGUACGGGCUCGUACUCGAGGAGGGCGAGGUUGCGGGGGCGAGCCCGGUCGUGCAGGUCGUGACAGAUGCGCUGCUGAGCGCCAAGGCGACCGUCGCGCAGCUCUCGCCGCUGUUGUCGACGCUGGCCGGCGGACCGGACGGCAUCCUCCUUCUGCGCAAGGCGGGACGGUACGCAGACGCCCAAGCGCUCGAGGACCUGGUCGAUUCGGCACUCGGUCUCUCGCUUAAGCUCCUUCGCCUUCGUCGCCGCAGCAAGAAUGUCACCUCGUCGCUGUUCGAGAAGCUCUGCCUCUCGCCGUCGAGCGCGGCAUCAUUCGGGGCCUCGUCAGCCAUCUCGUUCGGCUUCUCGGCAGUACUCAGCGGGCAGAAGCCGACUCGUCGACCAGAGCUCCUAGAAUCGCUCGCGCGGUUCAUCGUGGCGCCACUCGACACCAAGCUUGCGGUACAGGCGGCUCGACUCGUCUCGCUCCUCUGCCUGGGGUCGAGUGCGGACGACGAAGGCGCGUCAUCGAAUGGUCGCACAUCGCCGGCUCAUGCCCCCGCGAGCAUGGCUACCCUUCUUGGCGGCAGCGACGGCGUGGAGAAGAUCGUGCUGGCCUUGCUGGCGGUCGCAGAUAAUUCCUUCGCUGCGCAAGACCUCAAAGUCGCUGUUUGGGACCUCAUCUCGUCCGUUGUUGACUCGCAGCCCGGUCUCGCGCUCCUCGUCGUCACCGGCCGCGCCUACCCCUUCCCUACCUCCGCCAACGACCUCGUUCCGGAUUCCGCAACCGAUGACAAGGGCAAGACAAAGGAGGUCACCCCUGCCGAAAAGUCGGCACAAGAGCUUGCCAAGUCCCUCGCACCGAAGCCGCCUCCGCCUCUCCCGCGAACAGCGAUCUCGCUUGCGCUUGAGAAGCUGGCGUCGUGGUCGGACUCGUGGAAGGAAGAACCUGCCGUUCUCGCCGCCAUCCUGCGCUUCCUCGACUUCACCUGGCAGCACCUGGUCGACUACGGCACCGCGCUGGACGACUUGCGGACGAAAGGCUCGACCUGGGACUCGCUCGUCAAGAUCGCGUUCGAGAGCAUCGGCCCCGAGCCGGUCGAGGAGGUUUCGGUCGCCGCGUACUGUUACCGCGCAGUCGCCCAGGCGCACGCAGUCCGGGUCGUUGCGCUUGACAUCCAGGGCGCGCUCAGCAAGGCGAACCCGGAGGGCGCCGCAAGCGUGAAGGCGCUGUUGAGCGCAUUGGGCGACUCGCGCAAGGUCAAAUCGGCCGUCAUCCAUGCAGUCGCCACCUCCUGCGCACCGGACCUGCAUCAGGGCAUCUACGCGCUCGUCCAGUCGGCCUUCCCGAACCUUCACCUCGACACUCUCCGCUACCCCGCUUCGCCUCACCCGCUCGACGACGCUCGCGAGUACGGCACUGGCUACCUCUACGCCAUCCCUCUCGUUCGACGACGACUAGACGGCUACAUGGCGGAUCCGGACGCCAUGAUUGCGCACGACACGUUCGAGAACGUGAUCGCUCAGACCGCCAAGCUCAACCUCAAUUUCUCGCUGAUCGAAGCGCAGAUCCUCGCGACGAGGUCGUGGCGACAGCUGCUCGAGGUGGUCUCGCCGCUGAUCCGCAAGGAGGUCGCCCUCGUGAUGGCGUCGACGGCAUCUCCCGUCGCAAGCGAGAUUGCGCAGGAGAGUCGGGCAGGCCAGGUCAUGUUGACGGUGCAAGCGGAACGACUGUCGAUCCUGCUGGCCAUUGUCCAAGUGCUGGGAGUCGUCGAUGCGAGCACGAGCAAGGACGUCCUUGUCGAUCUCGUCACCGAUCUCGCCGCCGUCUUUUCCAACGAGGCGCUCGACCCGCUCGAAUCAGUCGCACGUCGGGCGACACCAAGCUUCCACGCGACGUUGUUCCGAGCGGUCUUCUUCGUCGUUCGGCAGGUCAAGGCGCUCGAACCCUCGACUCUCGCUCACGAACAGAAGACGAAGGUCGGUGCCGCCAUCGAGUCGCUCCUCCGCGACAUGUUUUCGGCGACGCGCGACCUACUCGCAAUCGCUCGCGCGACGAAGGAUGUCGAGAGCGAGCAAGACUUGGCGCUCGCAGUGGUCCUCAUCUCUCAGCUCCUCGCCUCGCCCUUCGUCCCGCCCGCCCCAGUCUGGCUUGCCCACAUCCACUCGAUCGACCUUCUUCGCUCCGCCUUCGAGGUUUUUGUCAACAUGGACCAGCUCGAGCCCGGACGACCCCUUUGCGCUCAGCACGUCCUCGACCUCUGUCUCGCCUUCGCCACCUCGUCACCUCGUGCAGCCGAGCAGCUCCCGCUUGACGGCGCGAUGACCGCCUUGACCGACAACGCCCUCACAUCCGUCAUCGAAGCAGGCGCUGUCAGCCUCGUCUCGCCGACAGACGGAUCCCGAACAGUGCAGCACGAGAUCUGGACGGGCAUGUUGCGCCUCGUCGUCGCGCUCGUCUCGGCGCUGGGCGACUCGACACGCUUCGUCGAGCAGGACGUGACGGGCUUCGUCCGCCUCUACGGCAUGCAGAUCGUCCAGGCACUCAGCUGGACGUCCAGCACGCCCGUCACGGCUGCCGGCCUCGAGGAGCUUUCCGCGGUCGUUUCACUCAUGCACGGUAUCGCCAAGAGCAGCAUCGCAAGCGGCGUCUCGCCCAACUCGCCCCUUGUCGCUGUCGCCAACGUCUUUGUCGAGCAGUCCCUCCACCUCCUCCAGCACCUCGUCUACGCUCUCCUGCACCCGAAUCACCUCGCCGCUCUCAUCGAAGGCUUGACGCCCGAGGAACGAGGGUGGCUCGAGAUGGAGUCGAGCGAGGCGGACGUCGCAAAGCGGCCAGCGGCAGCGGCUGUCACGCUCAAGGUGGUCGAGCUCGCUCGCGAUGUCGUCGGCGCCCUAGUCGACUACUCUGACGCGUGGGGAACGCUGCUGAAGGACUCGAUGGACUGGAAGGUUGAGCGAGCGGUCGUCCUGCCAACUGCGACAGUCACGGCGUCAGAUAAGGCGUCCCUCGGCACCCUGUUCGACCUGUGCUCGUACUGCAUCGACACGCUGCGAUCGACGACUUCGACGGCCGCACCAUCACUUCCUUCGCCCUCCCCCUUCCCGACACUCCCCAGACCUUUACAGGCCGCGCUUCGGACCGUCUGCUCCGAGAUGCUCGAAGCGUCGCUUCUCCUCGCAACGACACAGCUCGGCUUGCAUGCGCGACAAGGCGGACAAGGGAGCGGGUUCGCGCGGACGUUGGGCGAGCUGGGGUCGGAGACGGCGGAGAUCGUGGACAAGGCGAUGGGCUUGACGGGGCCUGAGGCGGAUGCGGCGAAGGAGCGGAAUCGGAAGGCGUUGUUGGAAGUGCUGAAGCGGAGACUGACAGUGUGA